GAGGGCCCCCUGAGGGGUCUUUAGAUUCUGGGAAAUGUCUGAUUGGCAGAUGUUAAAAGGGAUUCCUUGGUAAUCCAGUGCAUCAAUGAGCUGCAGAAAUUCAGCCCAGGACUGCAAGAAUUCAGGCAUGAGGACACUCUGUACAGGAGGCUCACACAGGCAGACCCAAGAUGGACAGAACCUUGGAAUCUCUGAGACACAUCAUUGCCCAAGUCUUGCCUCACAGAGAUCCGGCUCUAGUCUUCAAAGACUUGAACGUUGUGUCAAUGUUACAGGAAUUUUGGGAAAGCAAGCAGCAGCAGAGGGCUGCAUUCCCAAGUGAAGGUGUGGUGGUCUAUGAGUCACUGCCAGCUCCUGGGCCUCCCUUUGUGAGUUACGUGACCCUCCCAGGGGGAAGCUGUUUUGGCAACUUUCAGUGCUGCUUAAGUAGAGCCGAGGCCAGGCGGGAUGCAGCUAAAGUGGCCCUGAUCAACUCCCUCUUCAAUGAGCUGCCCUCUCGCAGGAUCACCAAGGAAUUCAUUAUGGAAAGUGUUCAGGAAGCAGUAGCCUCCACCAGCGGCACCUUAGAUGAUGCAGAUGACCCCAGCACCAGUGUUGGAGCCUAUCACUACAUGCUGGAGUCAAACAUGGGGAAGACCAUGCUGGAAUUUCAGGAGCUGAUGACCAUUUUCCAACUAUUGCACUGGAAUGGAAGCCUAAAAGCCCUUCGUGAAACAAAGUGUUCCCGACAGGAAGUCAUCUCCUACUAUUCUCAGUAUUCUCUAGAUGAAAAGAUGCGCAGCCACAUGGCCCUGGACUGGAUCAUGAAGGAGCAGGAGUCACCAGGAAUUGUCUCUCAAGAGCUACGAAUGGCCCUGAGGCAGUUGGAGGAAGCCAGGAAAGCAGGACAAGAACUACGGUUUUACAAAGAAAAGAAAGAAAUCUUGAGCUUAGCCCUGACUCAGAUCUGCAGUGACCCUGACACUUCGUCACCCAGUGAUGAUCAGCUAAGCCUUGCGGCCCUAUGUGGCUAUCACUAGCAAGGCCAAGCCCCGGGGAACCCUCAGUGAUGGCAGAGGCCAGACUCUAACAUCAGGAAUCUCAGUGCAGAGGUCCUCAGAGGCUCUAGCAUCUCUAGCUACUACCUGAAGGCUCUCCUAACCCUCUCCACACAUUCCAUUUACAGAGUAUGAGAGUUGUAGGACCCUUACAAGACCCAGCAAGCCACUCGAUGCAUUUUUUCCAUCACAUUCUCAAUAGUUCCAGCUCAGGAUAAAAGGAUAGACACAAAAUUGUUUGAAAAACAUUUUCCAGGCCUGGCUCCAACCUAAAGCCUGACUGACAUGUGCCUUGCUAGAUUAUACAUGUUGUUUCAAAGAAUAGUCCAAUAUAGCAUUCCCCAAAAGAACAGCAGCCAGAACUAGGUGAAGUAGUAUGAUAGCAGUUUUUAAAAAUACUUAGGAUUAAAUAAAUAAUAUGGAUUGUUUUAAAAAAUAUCCAAGGAUCAGAGUCCCUUUCUAAGCUUUGUAAGCUAAGCAAUAGUUUAUGUCCUACUAGAUACACUGCAAAGCUACAGUGGGGAUUUUAUCUGGACAUCCCACCAUCAAAGAUCUUGAAAUAGUAAUAGUAUGAAAAUACUAGAUAAAAUUAAUAUUUAAAAUGUUUUUGUAACAAUAAUUUUUUAAAACCCACUCUCUUCCAUAUACGGGGAUAAAUAUCACCUAGAAAAGUAGCCUCACUCUUAUUCCUCAAGAAUUAAUAUCCAAUUUUUACGAGUCUUGCAAUCAAUUUUGUUCGUUUUUAAUUUGCAAAUAGAUAACCUGAACUAAUUUGUUCUUGUUUUUUGCCACUGCAAACAUAUAUCUACAGAGAGAAAAAUUAAUGGCAUUUUAAAGUUUAAAACAUUUUGAAAAAUUAUUAGCAUGUAACAAAGAAUGCUUGUAUAUGAUUAGUUUCACCAGCAUCUGAGAGAAGGACUCUUUAGCUCUGUUUGUUGUUCAAGAACAUAAGCAACCGGUAGCUCAAAUGUAGUAUCAUUAUUAAGUUUAAGUCACUGGAAUCUUCUUUAAAGGAGGGAUAAGACAUUGCCAUCUCUAUUUGACUCACCUAUAUGGGUCAAUCAACUGAUUAGAAAAUCAAAAAACAAUACAAACUUUUUUUUUUUUUUUUUUUUUUUAGUAGAGAUGGGAUUUCAUCAUGUUGCCCAGGCUGGUCUUGAACUCCUGGGCUCAAGCCAUCUGCCUGCCUCCGCUUCCCAAAGUGCUGAGAUUACAGAUGUGAGCCACCAUGCCUGGCCUAAACUAAUUUUUAGAUAGUUCCUGGUCACUCAAAUUUAAGAAUGUCAGCAAUGUCAAUUUUAAAUGCUCAUAGGUAUUUCCAUAUCUAUAACAUGAAAAUGAUUAUUCUGCAUUUUAUUCAGUAGUCCAAAUUAAAGAAAAUAUUUUUCUCAAUUUAAAAUAACUUCUUUUUCUUUUGUUUAUGCAAGUGCAUACAUGCCUCACUGAAAGCAAAACCAUUAUAAUUACAUUAAAGUUUAUAAAAUACGAUAUUUUAACCUCAUAUCUAAUAAGUAUGUACAAAGGUAACCAUCACUCCUUAAAUCCACAUGAAAACUACUGUAACUGAUCAUGUAUUUUGGAAUUAGACUUGAUAAUAAAAGAUUAUCAUGUAUCACAUAUCUCACACCAGGGGAACAAUUAGCUACGUAAUUGUCAUACUUUAAUAUCUUUUAAAGGUAAUAGUAAUUUUCAACACAUUUUAUUUUAAAAUAUUAUUUUAACAAAAGUUACAUUCCUCUCCACAAUGAGGCUAAAUGUCACCUAAGAAAGAACUUUAUUCCCUUAUAUUCCUGAAAAGAAAUCAGAAUUAACAUUUUUAUGUUGAAUAAAUUUUAAAAUUUAGGAAAUGUUCUAUUUAAAGUUAAUUUCUUUCUUAAAGCCAUUACUGUUUACAUUGUCAUUUCCAAAGAGCCACAAUUUCCCACCUUGGAUGCGAUUAAAGUUAGGCACACCUUUACUGCAUUAGCAUAAGCCUUUGACAAUGACUUCCUCAAACUGACACCAUCUUAAUUAGAUGCAGGGACAGGGAUCAGAUGGGACAAUAUCAAAUUUACUUUGUGCCCUACAAGUUAAAAACUGCACCCAUUCUGUAAAUGGAAUAUAGAGUUUCUCCCUUGGCCACUGUCAGUUUUUCCUGACUGGCCAAAACUGCCCAUUCUUCCUGGAAUGAUAUGAAAACUUCA